AUGCAAGGCAAGCACGACAAAGGGACCGCGAAGGACAAAGGGAACACCGCGCUGCAACCCGAACCACGCGACGGCGAUGAUGUACAACGAAUGUUCCUGGCACUAUACUUGUGCAUAGGGAUCAAAGCUCUCCUCUGGUUAAUUGAGUUCAACCAGGAUGUUGGUGUGGAGAAGGUUGGCAUUGAGCAAAGCAAAGCGAGAUUGGGCUGGUUGUCCGAGCAACGUGAGUUUCAGCCAAUAGCUGCGCUCCAAUCCAAACGGGUCGGCAUCGGAAAAAGCCGCCUUUCCAGCCAAGCCAAGCAUGGCGUGUGGCAUUGGUUCAUGGCUGAAGGCUGUCAUGCGCAAACUGGUCGACGUCAAUUCCGAUUUUGCGUCUUGAACAGUGGCAUCGAGGACCAAAGGUGUUCCCAUCGAACCUGCGACACCAUGAUGCGAGGGUCUUCGCCGCUGGUGAGGUCGGUGCGAGGCCUCUGCGUCCAGCGACCUCCGUCGUUUGUCUGUUGGCAAUGCCGCACAAUUCAGAUCAGUGCGGCGCCAAGCACCGACACACCGAGGGUGACUGGCGAUGCUUUUGGAGCUCCGGUUGAUGGUGGACGAGAUAUGGCCGAUGCUCGAUUCGAAGUCCUUGGAUCUCCAUACUCAUUGCUAUCCGUCACCUUGUCAGCAUCGCAGAAGCUUUAUACGAGGCGAGGCACUCUUGUCGCCGUAGCAGGCAAUCCAGAAAAUGCCCAAUCCACACUAUCGCUAUUGAACCCUUUGACUCGAGCGACCUUUGGAGUUCCUUUCCUCUACCAGCGAAUUUCUGCGACAACCCCAAUUACCGCUCUUAUUUCCACCAAGUCACCGACGACCACGUUCACCGUGCUUCAUCUGGAUGGCACGACCGACUGGAUGGUUUCGCAACGAAAUGCGCUGCUGGCGUGGACCGGUCACACAUUGACACUAUCAUCUCGAAUCCAGCACAGACUGGCGCUCGCACAUUGGGGUAGCACGCACUUUACUGGACGAGGACUGGCAGCCCUGUCUGCUCCAGGACAGAUCUACCAGCUUACUCUAGGAGAAGGUGAGGAGUUCGUCGCCCAUCCCGGCAGCGUUGUGGCAUAUUCAGUGUCGAGAAACGCCCCGCAACCAUUCCGAUUCAAGAGCACAAGCCUGCGCCUUCAAGUCCCUUCGUUGACGUCGUGGAUUCCUGAAAUGGAAUUUAUGAAAACCGUGCGCAACUCGGACAUCUACAAAAUCCUUGCGAGGAGCCUGCACAACUUCCGAACUGUCGCUCGGCGCACUAUCUGGGGAGAUCGACUGUUUCUCCAGUUCACGGGACCCACUACUCUCUUGAUGUCAAGUCGUGGUGUCCGUGUUGCAGAUGUUUUGUCCAAGGAACAGGUGAAUGAGAUUGCAGACGCGCCAGCAGGAGCAGUAGCGUCGGCAAUUGAGCUUGGAAGCAAACCAAAAGAUGGAGAGCAGAGCCUAGGAACCUCCAAGGUUGAAGAGGUCGCAAGCAACUUGCAGGUUGGGUCGACACAAAAAGAUGGCAAGGUCACGUUUGAGGAUGGAAAAGACCUGAAAGAGUUUGUGAGGUGA